AAUAUAUAGUUCAGGUCACGUAUAUUAUAGAUUUUCGGUACUCGCAGUGAAUAUCGGAACGCAGCCUUAAAUAAUAAGUUUAUUUUGGCGCCGAAAAUAAGUGUCAACGCGAAAAGAUCAUUCCAAGGAAUGAAGAAAAACGGUCAGAUUUAUGAUAAUAUUUAUACUUCGUUUAUAUAGCCGGUUAUUUUGACUAUACAAGCAAAAAUGUACAGCGGUAAUGAUGACGUUCGCCGGUGUCCUUAUAACAAGAAUCAUCGAGUGCCUAGAUCAAGAUUUCAACGACACCUUGUAAAAUGCGAAAAGAAUUAUCCAUCUGAUUAUAAGGUUAUCUGUCCAUACGAUGCAACUCAUCGUUUGAAUAAACAAGAGAUUGGAGAACAUAUUGAAACAUGUCCCAUGAGAAAGACUGUCGAAGCAAGUUAUAUUCAAUUAACCGAUAGAACAGAAGAAUGCAAUUCUACAAGUGAAAUUGACUACAAUAGCUACUGGAAUAGUAGUCAAGAAGAAAUAUAAGAAUGAUCAAAAAUCUUCCCAAUCUCUAUAGUAUUAUUUAAUUAAAUAUGGCAUUAAUGAAUUAAUCAGAAGAAACAUGGGAUCACUUGUUCAGAUAUUGGAUAUCAGGUGACCAAGACACAUCUAUGUUAAAAAUUUUUUAGUAUAUAACUAUCACACAGAUGAGAUGGAAUCAACAAUAAAUAUGAGUGACAAUUGUAUUUUUGUUAGAAAA